CUUCUGAAACUUCCAAAAUCUCUAUGAAUAUAAAAUCUCAAGAAUCGUUUACUCAUCCUCAAGCAUCCAUUAUUCCGAGCAAUCAACUGUUUUUUCUCAUCUUGAAGGUUAUUGGAAGAAAAAAAUGCCGCUGGAAAUAACACCGGUUUCACAGCUGCAUUCUCACCUGUCAACGUGCAAAGUGAAAGUUCGAAUUGCUCGGUUAUGGGCAUACCACAAAAAAGACAGACCCAAAGAUAUUAUGGGAAUAGACCUUCUAUUGGUGGAUGACAAGGGAGAGAGGAUACAAGCCUCCAUCAGAUCGCAAUUACUUUCAAAAUUUCAGGAGAAACUAGAAGAGGGAGAUUGCUACAUGAUUAUGAACUUUGAGAUUUCAGAUAAUGGAGGGAGUUAUAGAGCCAGUUCUCACCCCUACAAGAUCAACUUCAUGUCCAUGACACACAUCAUUGGAAUGCAAGAACUUAAAGAGGUUAAUGUUUCAGGGCGACAAACAAAGUUAUUAAAUUUACAGCUUAGAGAUCUUGGAGAAUCAGUCAUCGAUGUUACUUUGUGGGAAAAAUGGGCAGAAGAUCUGUACUCUUAUGUUAAGGGCUACAAAGAUGGUUCAAUUGUUUUAGUUGGAAGCUUGAUGAAGAUAAAGACAUAUUUUAAAAACGUAUAUCUCACUUUCACUAUAAGGGAUUCAUUGAUUUGGUUCUUAAUAUUUAGCAGGCAAGAUCUCUGUCCAAAAUCAUCAUUUUCGACCAAGCUCUUUAUCAAUUCCUCAAUUGCCGAGAUAACUGAGUUUAAAGAAAGUUUGGCCAAAUCUGAUUGUUUAGCUUUAACAACGAUUUCAACAAUUACGUCUUCAAGUUCAAGCAAGCAUUCAAAACCUUCAUUCUCUUUGCGAGAUCAAAAAACGAUUGCAGAUAUAAAUUCGGGAGGGGCAUGUAAUAUUAUUGCAUCAAUAUUCUCCAUUGACACAAAAGUUCCAUGGUUUUAUAUUGGUUGUAAUAUAUGUUUCAAAAAAGUAUCUCCUUAUUUCAACCCUGAAACUGAAGAAAUAGAAGCUGGAAAAUAUGAAUGUGAAAAAUGUGACACAUUUGUUACUACUACAAGCACCAGGUUCAGGGUGCAAGUUACAGUUCUUGACCAUACUGGGGAAGCAUCAUUUCUUCUUUUCGAUCAGGAUGUCAUCAAGCUCAUUCACAAAUCCGCAUAUGAAUUGCUCGAGCAACAAGUUCAGUUUAAUCGUUCCGACAAAAUUCCUCAAGAGCUGCUUGAUUUAGAAGGGCGUCAAUUUGUUUUCACGAUACAAGGUUCAGACUCAACCAAAUUCAGCCGACCAUCUAUCUUUAGGGUUUAUGAACUUACGGACAAACCCGAAAUUGUUCAAAAGUUUCAGGAAAAUUUAUUGCAAAUGAACACAACUGAUCCAAACACUCACAUGGUCUCAAGCUUUUCAAACUCAACUACCAGCGAGACUGAACCUGAUUCAGACAUGAACAUUGUCUCUACCCCUUCAAAUGCAACUACAAAUCAGAUUGACACUGAAUCUUCCGAGGCGGCUAACUAUGAAAACAGCAACUCGUCUAUCAAGACUUCUAAGAACACUUCAAAGAUCACUAAAUUGACUCCAACGUCAAAACGAGCACUAACUUCAUCGAAAGAUAAUGCAGCUCAAAAGUCAUCUACAAAGCCUAAAUUGUUGUCCAAGGCUGAGAUAAAGAAAGAAAAAAAGUGAUCAUGUUACGACCUAUUAAAAUAUGUUUCAUGUCUUUGCUUCAAGUAUGUAAAUGUCUUUCUAUUAUUUAUGUUUCACGUCUUUGAUUUAAGUAUGUAAAUGUCUUUGCAUUAUGUUUUUGCUUAAGUAUGUAAAUGUCUUUGCAUUUAAGUAUCUAAGUUAUUUU